UGAAGUUACAGUAUUCACUUAAUCCUGUUUAAUGAGCUUAAUCUGACACUUGGCUGCUGUACUGUGGAAGUGCACACAGUGUAAGGUCUUUAAAUAUGUGACAGACAGUGGUGAUAGGUGAAUAUAAACAGUACCGCUGGUGCAGGAUUGUGUACUAUAGCUACUGUACUGAAAGUGUCACUGAUGAGCUCAGAGUUCCUCUCUCUUCAGAGUUGCUCUGAAUGGAAUCAGCAGUCACUCCCACUGGUUUGGUUCUGAGCCAAGGACAAAGUUAAGCUCUCAGCAUCAGUCUUAAUGAAGAGGAAAGUGGAGGCGGCAGGUCACACGACAGCAUGAGCGGCAGAAAGCUGAGGAAAGAGCGGUGGACUGUGGUGGAGGUCGGGCUGUCUGUGCUGCUGGUGGCGGUGAGCUGCGCGUUAGCGGGACUCUGCGCUGUUUAUGUGACCGCAGUCAGAGGGCAGUUUGGUAGAGCACCAAGGAGCACACAGUCCUUAGAAGGAUGUCCGAGUUCCAGGAAUGUGUGCACCACUCCUGCUUGUGUAACUGCUGCUGCACGACUUCUUCAGAACAUGGACCAAGACGUGGAGCCGUGUCAGAACUUUUACAGAUAUGCUUGUGGUGGCUGGUUGGAUCGUCAUGUGAUCCCAGAGACCAGCUCUCGCUACAGUGUCUUUGACAUUCUUAGAGAUGAAUUGGAAAGCAUACUCAAAGGGGUUUUGGAGAAUGAGAAAGAGCUGGGCCGAGAGGCUUUCCGAAAGGCAAAGGUUCUCUAUGCUUCUUGUAUGAAUGAGAAUUUAAUUGAGAAGCGAGGUGCUCAGCCUUUACUGGACCUUAUUGAUUAUGUUGGAGGCUGGCCUGUAGCAUCUGAUGAGUGGAAUGUUACUGAAGACAAUGAAUGGAGUCUGGAGGACACGUUGGCCAUGUUCAACUCCCACUUCCACAAGAGGGUGCUGCUUGACCUGUUUGUGUGGACAGAUGAUCUGGAUUCAAAGCAGCACAUUCUCUAUCUUGAUCAACCAAUGCUAGGGCUACCAACUCGGGAUUACUAUUUUAGUGAUGAAGGGGAUUAUAAAACGGUGCGUGAGGCUUACCUGCAGUUCAUGAUAUCAGUCAUGCUGAUGACACGAGAGGCCAGAAACUUGACAAGUAAUGAGACAAUAGUCAGAGAGGAUGCGCUGCAAGUGAUGCAUCUGGAGAUGGACAUUGCAAAUGUGACCAUCCCAGCUCAGGACAGGCUGGAUGUUACCUCUCUUUAUAACAAGAUGGCGCUGAGUGACUUACACAGAAAGUUCUCUCUAAAUGGGUUCAACUGGACACGUUUUGUGUUAGGUGUCCUGUCAGAAGUGUCCAUAACUGCUCAGCCUGAUGAGAACAUUGUGGUCUACUGUGAUCAGUACCUGCAGAAUCUUGGUGAGGUGCUUGCCAGAUACAACAACAGGACUUUGAGAAACUACCUAAUCUGGCACCUGGUGAUAGACAGAGUCAGCAGCCUGAGCAGUAGGUUUAAGGAUGCUCGAGCACAGUAUAAAAAGGCUUUGUACCGGAACACGAUGGUGGAGGCACGUUGGAGAGACUGUGUGCGCUACGUCCAGAACACCAUGGAGAAUGCAGUUGGAGCUCUGUAUGUCAAGCAGACGUUUGCAGGAGAGAGCAAACGCAUGGUCCGUGAGCUCAUCAGUAGGAUUCAGGGGGCCUUUGUAGAGACACUGGAAGAGCUGAGCUGGAUGGAUGAUCAGUCGAAGAAGAUGGCCAGACAAAAAGCCAUGGCUAUUAAAGAUCAGAUUGGCUACCCGGAUUUUAUUCUGGAAGAGGAAAAUGACAAACUUGAUCUGGAAUAUGACCAAAUUAACUUCAGUAAGAAGACAUACUUUGAGAACAUGCUGAAGAAUCUACAUGCAGCAGCGCAGAAGAGCCUGAAGAACCUGAGGGAACCAGUAGACACAGACUUCUGGAUGAUUGGAGCAGCAGUGGUGAAUGCUUUCUACUCUCCUAACAGAAACCAGAUAGUGUUUCCUGCUGCGAUUCUACAGCCUCCCUUCUACAGCAAGGAUCAGCUUCAGGCUCUCAACUUUGGAGGAAUUGGGAUGGUUAUUGGUCAUGAGAUUACCCAUGGUUUUGAUGAUAAUGGACGUAAUUUUGACAAAGAUGGAAAUAUGCUGAACUGGUGGAGUAAUUUUUCUGCUGAACACUUCCGGGCCCAGUCACAGUGUAUGGUGCAGCAGUAUGGGAAUUUUACAUGGGAUCUUGCAGGGGGGCAAAAGGUGUGUGGUGUCAGUACUCUGGGAGAAAAUAUUGCAGAUAAUGGAGGGGUUCGACAAGCGUAUAAGGCUUACAAGAAAUGGCGUGAAACAGAGGGUGAGGAGCCUUACUUACCAGGCCUCAAUCUGAAUAAUGACCAGCUCUUUUUCCUGAACUUUGGCCAGGUGUGGUGUGGCACAUAUCGGGCUGAGUAUGCCAGCCAUUCUAUCAGGACAGACUCUCACAGCCCCCUGGACUACAGAGUUCUGGGAUCACUGCAGAACUUCGAUGCCUUUUCUGAAGCUUUUCACUGCAAACCAGGAAGCCCAAUGAAUCCACCUGUAAAGUGUCGAGUUUGGUAGGCUUUUCUGAUAGUCAGCCAUUGGAGCAUAAGUGUAGAUGCUGGACUUGCUGUUUAUGGUUAAUGGUGUGGUUUUGGCACACUUAUUUUACUGACUGUUUUUAAUUUAAGCUUACAGACCCAUGGACCAUAUUAUUUUGUAUCAAUUUUUAAAAUCGUCAGAAUUCUGAUAGAUAAUGUUUUGCUGAGUCUACAAACUUGCAGCACUUAAAUGGCACAAUCUGUUUUGCUGAAGGUUGCAUAUGUGUAUUUUGUUAUUUACUUUAUACACUGUAAAAUGCAGUAGGUAUGUUUUUAUGUUCUUUAAGAUGCCAAGAAGAAGGGUUCCACUAUUAAUUCAAGUAACACUUUUUGGUAUUAUAAAGAAUUACAUCUAAAUUACAUUAGUUUUUUUUAUAAGGAAAUUUAUUCUUAGUUUAUUUACCCAGUUAAAAGUGUUAAAGUAGUAUACAUAGGUAUUUAAUUAACCAAAUAUAUUGUUAUGGUCUCUUGCUGGCUUACCUACAAAAUGAAUAGUGUUAUUCACAGGUUUAUUUACAUUUUUACCUGAUCUUGCAGUGUUUUUGUUUCUUGGAAUUUGUCCAUACUCUUAUCUAUGAGCACUUUUUAUAUAGAAAAUAUAAUCUGCUUUUUGUAACACUAACAAACAUACAAAGGUAAAAUCGAUUGACUGUUUUCAGAGCCAGAACACGUGAUGAGCAUUGAACAUUGUGAUCCAAUUGUGCCUAUACUGUAUGGGUAUUAUUAAACGGCAACAUUUGGCCUAA